CAUGCGUACUGUGCGCAAGUUUGAUGCGCACCAAGCUAGCGAUCUGAGGAGCAUCUCAGCAGCUCAACAUGACUGCGUUCACAUACAGCAGACUGUCCCAUUUACUGAGAAUAUCUGUGAACAAACCUCCAGUUUUACGAACACGGACAGAAAUACCACACGGGCCUGCGUGUUGUGUGCAGUCCAUACGCUGCCAGAGGUCGGUGGACAGUAAGGCGCUGCAGGAGAGGCAGAGGCAGCACAUGGCGAGAGGUCUUCCCAAGCAGAAGCCCAUCACAGGGGUCAAACAAGUCAUUGUCGUGGCUUCAGGGAAGGGUGGCGUGGGCAAGUCCACCACUGCAGUGAAUUUGGCGCUCGGAUUAAUGGCCAACGAUUCGUCGAAGUCAGUCGGUCUGCUGGAUGCUGAUGUCUUUGGCCCGUCGAUUCCCAAACUGAUGAACCUGAAGGGAAACCCGGAGCUCUCUGACAACAACCUGAUGAUCCCACUCACCAACUAUGGGAUUCCCUGCAUGUCGAUGGGCUUCCUGGUGGAGGACGUGGCUCCCAUCGUGUGGCGGGGACUGAUGGUGAUGUCAGCCAUAGAGAAACUGCUCAGACAGGUGGACUGGGGGACGUUGGACUAUCUGGUAGUCGACAUGCCUCCUGGAACAGGAGACGUCCAACUGUCAGUCACUCAGAACAUCCCAAUCGCAGGUGCGGUCAUCGUGUCCACGCCGCAGGACAUCGCCCUGCUGGAUGCUCGCAGGGGAGCCGAGAUGUUCAAGAAAGUUAACGUGCCGGUUCUCGGUCUGGUCCAGAACAUGAGCGUCUUCCAGUGUCCCAACUGUAACCACCAGACUCACAUCUUCGGCUCUGACGGGGCCCGACAGCUCGCAGACACUCUGGGAGUCCACUUGUUAGGUGACGUUCCCCUUCACAUCAACAUCAGAGAGAUGUCAGACAGAGGAAAGCCAGUGGUCGUCUCGUCUCCUGACAGUCCAGAGGCAGAGGCAUACCGGAGGGUGGCGUCUGCAGUGGUCCAGAGACUACAGGAAGUGACUGACAGCUUCAACAGGAAGUCAGCAUAAGAUGGGUGGACGCACAUGAAGACACUCAUAAGCACAAACAUCUUUGCUAUAGUAACGCAUAUUAACUUUAAUCCAAUGCACUGCAGCAGAACACACUGUGUACUAGUACUACAGUAUUCCUGACUGAAUGCAGUUCCUGUAGUUGUGUGAUGAUGUUUGAUAAAACUGAGCUGGAGUCUGCCUGUUGGAAUAUUUAAAGUAGUAUUCACAGAUGUGUGAUGUGUUUGAUUGUCACUACAUCAUGUAUGUGUACUCUGUAAUUUACUGUAUGUAUAUUUUCAUUUAGGAUCUGAAUAUUAAAAUGCAGACUUUGAUUCAUUCUGGA